AAUUAUGAAGGACUGACAAAGUCACAUUUUUUGAGAUGGACUCAUAACUCCAACAUUAUUUUCUUAAGAGCACAAAAUACAGUGAGACCUGGGAAACCAGAAGACGUCAAUGCAACUGGAUCUCUGCUGCUGAGGAGUGUCAAUCUGCAAAGUUCAGGAACUUAUCUAGCAAACGUCCUGMAUGCUAACAGCACCGUGGCUACAACCUGGACUGGUCAGCUCUGUGUGAUGGAAAAGGUACCAAAACCUCGACUCAAUUAUAACUGCGGCACCAACGUCGUUAAGCUUAACUGUGAAGUCUCCAAGCCUGAGGGUUUGGUUUUCUCCUGGACGCAUGAUAAAAAGAUCUUACCAAGUGAAACAAGACAAACUGUCAGCRUAUCACUGAGCAACAUAAAGGACGACAACAACUUUUCCUGCAGCGUGGAAAACAAAGUGAGCAAGGAGAGCAGCGAGACCGUUCGGCCCACAUGCACAGCCCCAAUGCUUUGCUUUAAAUCCAAAACUGUUYUGGGAGUCCUGGCAGGAGGAGCAGGUCUGAUUUUAAUUUUGCUCGUCGUUACUGUCAUCUUGUGCCUCUCAUACAGACGAGCCAAAACUAACAUGCAGCUCAGUGACAGAGUGGAGUUCAAGAAGCUUUCUGUACACAAGCGGGAGGCGGAGCCCGUCACAGAGUAUGAGAACGUACACGGCGUGGAGAGUUGGCUGUCCCCGAGUCCACAGCCUUCACCAAGGGCCUGUUACCAGAAACUGGAUGUUGGGACUGACAGAAAGUCUCCACAGCUGUCCACAGCUGCCGAGGGGCAACGAGUGUCUCCGGUGCCAAAGCCGAGGACGAAGAAUGCCAAGACACAGAACAUCUGAGUGUUAAAUGCCUUCAGUCAGCACAGGAAAUGGAUGUGAGGAAAGCUAAUCGUGUGAUUACGUUCGUGGGGGAAUAAUAAUGUAUUAUUAUUAUUAUUAUGAAAUAAUGAAAUGAAAAUCAAGYAGAAAURCAYGYAUUGUGCAAAAAAGAAAGUGAUMAAAUUUUCUCGGAGAGACYGUGGGACUGUUUACAUCACAUGAUUUCAGUUGUAAUAUGUUGUGAAKACUUUUUUUAUUUUUAUUGAACUUGUUUAAUUUUCAUAACUUCUAGUUGAAUGUUUCCUCUGAAAGCUUACUUGUGAUGUAAAGCUGCCACCACCGUGUUUCACCGUAGCAUCGCUGGUGUGUUUGAUUUUCUGGGUUACAUAUUUUUACUCCUCACAGCAGCUGGAGCCAGGAGAUCUUUGUGAGAAACUAAAAUAUGUGGUCGGAUUAGUCGGGAGAACUCCUGCAUCAGAUCCAUGUAAAUAAAAAAUAAGAUACAUUUGAA